UGCUGCAGAUUAGAGUCUGAUUCUCUUUGAUUAUCUUUCGUAGAGAGAGGGUUUGGUGGUAAAGCCGGGUGUUGCGGAACAGGGCUGUUGAUGAAGAUCGGGCUCUACGGAAAUCCGGGCUCGAUUGUAAUGGCAGUAUUGGGAAAGGCUUACCUGAACCUGGACCUGGACCUGGACCUCCUCCCCGAGGCAUGUUCGGCCUGCCCCUAUUCCCAGGACCCAUGCCGCCUCUCGGGGGAUAGUUGGCCCCUCGCUGCCCCUCUGGUGGCAUCAUAUGAGGGUCUCCCCGGCCUCCCUCUUGCGGAGGGCGUCCGCCUCUCGCGGGGCCGGGCCGACCCUGGCCAUAGCCGGCACCUUGGUGCUGAUUGUUUCCAUACUCUGGCCCGUAUCCUCCUCCACCAUAGCCAUCGUCCUGAUGGUACUCGUUCAGUCCUCCAUAGCCUCGUGCCAUGGCAGGAUGUGCCGCCGACCCAGCGUACGGCCGCUGUUGGGAUCCGUUGUAUCCACCUUCGUAUGCCAUUAUGAUUACUUGUUCUCUAGUUUGUUUUUCCCUUGUUUUCCUCUCGGUUUCGGCGUUCGUAUCGAUUUCGUGACUCUAGAACAAGAAGCACGUCUAGUGCUGUGGCUGGCGUAUACGAAAGAGUACUGGCAUGCAGAUGCCCAUGCUAGAAGAAAGGAGAGAAAGAAGACAGAAAGAAGACACAAUCACGGUGUGUUUGGUACCGGCUGGAGCAGGACGAGAUCCGGGAGACGCUAAUCGUUCUUUGUUUUCCACAGCUGCCUUCAAAUGGGAUGUCGACGCUGCUAUCCAGACACAGCUGGA